AGACUUGAGGCGGUGAUACCGAUGUCUCCAUCUUAUAAAUAAACCCUCACUCUUUUUCCAUGACAUAUCCACUUUCCUCUUUUCUGUAACUAACUUCUUCUCCAAGCUUCUCUUUUCAGAUCUCAAACCAUGUCUUGCUACAGAGGAAAGUAUGCUGAUGAGCUAAUCGCCAAUGCUGCUUACAUUGGUACACCCGGAAAGGGUAUUCUUGCUGCUGACGAGUCAACUGGCACUAUUGGAAAACGUCUAUCCAGCAUCAAUGUUGAGAACGUUGAGUCAAACAGGAGAGCUCUUCGUGAGCUUCUUUUCUGCACUCCCGGUGCCCUCCAAUACCUCAGUGGAGUUAUUCUUUUUGAGGAAACCCUCUACCAGAAGACUGCUGCAGGUAAGCCGUUUGUGGAUGUCAUGAAGGAAGCCGGAGUUCUCCCUGGUAUCAAGGUUGACAAGGGUACCGUUGAGCUUGCUGGAACAAAUGGUGAGACCACAACCCAAGGUCUAGACGGUCUAGCCCAACGAUGCGCCCAAUACUAUUCAGCCGGUGCCCGUUUCGCCAAAUGGCGUGCAGUCUUGAAAAUCGGCCCGAACGAGCCAUCACAGCUCGCCAUCAACGAGAACGCUAACGGGCUAGCUAGGUACGCCAUCAUCUGCCAAGAAAACGGCUUGGUCCCAAUCGUUGAGCCUGAGAUUCUCGUGGACGGACCCCACGACAUCAACAAGUGUGCUGAUGUAACCGAGCGUGUUCUAGCCGCCUGCUACAAAGCUCUCAACGACCACCAUGUUCUCCUCGAGGGUACCCUUUUGAAACCCAACAUGGUCACACCCGGGUCAGACGCCAAAAAGGUUGCACCGGAAGUUGUAGCCGAGUACACUGUCCGCGCUUUGCAACGAACCAUGCCAGCAGCGGUUCCAGCCGUUGUGUUCUUGUCAGGCGGUCAGAGCGAGGAAGAGGCUACUGUUAACCUCAACGCCAUGAACCAGUACAAAGGUAAGAAGCCGUGGUCGUUGUCGUUUUCAUUUGGGCGGGCCCUACAACAAAGCACCCUCAAGGCUUGGGCCGGGAAAGAAGAGAAUGUGCAGAAAGCACAGGCUGCGUUUCUUGCGAGGUGCAAGGCUAACUCUGAGGCGACCCUUGGAAAGUAUCAAGGUGGUUCUGGUUUGAGUGAAGGUGCAUCUGAAAGCCUCCAUGUUAAGGACUACAAGUACUAAACGUUGCUGCGUAAGUCUUCAGUACUAUGUUUUUUUUUUGAGACAUUUUUGUCUGAAUGAGGUUGGUUGGAUUUUGAUUUUCUGGACCUAUUUCUAUGUUUGUUUUUUGUUUUAGACCUGUGGUUUAAAUCCGAGUAGGAGAUUUUUAUAAUAAGCAUGAGUAACAUUUCUGCUUGGUUUGAUUGAUAUAUACUUCUGUUUGCUGCU